AAAAAAUUGUGGACGCUUGGCGCCUGCGCAGGAGCAGCGGCGCUGACUGGCAUCGUACAGGUAUUUUGCGUCUCCCGUGAUGCUCCGGGCUCCCUAGUGUCAUAUCGCCCGCGACGUAAUGGCGUCUGAGCCGGCGGAGAAGGAGUAGGGAGCAUUCCUCUGGGCAGCCUGUGGGGAGCAUCUUGUAUCAGUCAUCCCACCAGGAUCAGAACCCAUUCCCAGGUCUUAAGGAUGGAUAGUGACAGGAGUCACAUGACUGAGCGGAUACUAAACCUCACCCUGGAGAUCAUCUACCUGCUGACCGGAGAGGAUUAUGUACCAUUGAAGAAGGAUGGUGAUUGUGAGACACCUAGCCGCAGCUGUCUGUAUGUGUCCAGAGGAGGGAGCAGAACCCAGAACCCCAUGAAGGUGCCACCACCUCACUCACUGAUACAUGAGAGAGACAAUGGCCAGAAAAUCCUGGAACUAACCAACAAGAUCAUUCAGCUGCUGACUGGAGAGGAUAUGCAAUUUUUGGACGAACCAAGAGAUUUCUACAAUGAAGUGAAGAAGGAGAAUUAUCAGCCGCCAAUAUCAGUAGAUACAGCCACCAGCAUGAAUAGACCAGAGAGAUGUCCCAGUCCUCAUACUGGAAAACCGUGUGCAGUAAAAGAGGAGGAGGAAGAGGAUGACUAUGAUAGUACAUUAGAUUGCGAGUGGGACAGCUUAGAAGACGUGAAAGUUGAGCUUUUAUCUCAGAGUGGUGAUGAUCCUGAGGAAAUGUAUGUGAAGGUGAAAGUUGAAGAUGUCCAUACAGAUAAAUCCAGCAAUUUUGGCUCACCAGGGAGAUGCACCAGCCCUCUGUCUGUAGCGCUUUGUAAGCAAGAAGAGACUGACUUCUCCGUGCUGAAGAAAGACCUAAACAUUGUAGAAGUAGGUAUUAGCUCACAGUCUGAAGACGAGGCGUUGAUGAAUAUUAAGGAGGAGGAGAUUGCUGUAGAAAUCAAUGAAGCUGCUGGUUACAGUGGGAACACUGCAGGGAUGUAUCAUGUUCAAUCUCCAAAGUGUGAAAUGAAGGGUGCUGAUGCACACUAUUUCCCUGGAAAAUACCCAGAUGUCCCAAACACACUUCCAAGUUCUGAGGCAUCAACUAAUGGAUUAGUACAUUCAAGUUUCCUCCAAAACCCUGAGAGCACUGCAUCUGGGACAGUCAGCGCUGAAACUGAAAACUUUAUUUGCAGCGAGUGUGGAGACAGUUUUCCCACCAAACCGCAGCUUACGUCGCACCAGAAGAUUCACACGGGAGAGAAGCCUUUUCUCUGCUCUGAAUGUGGGAAAGGCUUUACCCGUAAUACAAUUCUUGUAGAGCAUAUGAGGCUUCACACAGGAGAAAAACCAUACGCUUGCUCUGCUUGCGGGCAAAGGUUUAUCAGCAAUGGGCAACGAAUUAGACACGAGAGACUUCACACAGGGGAAAAGCCUUACGUGUGUAAUGUAUGCGGAAAAGGUUUCACCCGUAAUACCAUUCUUGUAGAACACAAGCGAAUUCACACAGGAGAGAAACCUUAUCCCUGUUCAGAAUGCGGAAAGCGCUUUACAUCAAAUUCUCAGCUUGUUAAACAUAUAAAAUAUCACAGAGGGGAGAAACCUCAUGUAUGUUUAGAUUGUGGGAAACGGUUCAUUAGCAAUGGGUUGCUUGUUAUACAUCAGAGAAUUCACACAGGAGAGAAACCAUUUGUAUGUCCGGACUGUGGAAAGGCUUUUGCCCGUAAUGCCAUUCUCCAAGAACACAUGCGGAUUCACUCGGGGGAAAAACCAUUUGAAUGCAAAGAGUGUGGGAAACGGUUCACAAGUAAUUCACAUCUGGGCAAGCAUCAGAAAAACCACAGAGGUGAGAAACCACACGCGUGUCCUGAUUGUGGGAAAAGGUUCAUCUGUAAUGCCCUUCUCAUAAUACACUACAGGAGUCACACUGGCGAGAAACCGUUUGUUUGUAAUGAGUGUGGAAAAUGCUUUGCCAAAAAAGGAAGCCUCGUCACACAUCAGAGAAUUCACACCGGGGAAAAGCUCUUCGUCUGUGCCGAUUGUGGGAAAGGCUUUGCCCAAGGUUCUGAUCUAGUAGCUCAUCGGCGAAUUCACACCGGAGAAAAGCCUUUUGCGUGUCCUGAUUGUGGGAAGCGAUUCACCCAAAACUCCCAACUGGUCGUGCAUCAGAAAAAUCACACGGGGGAGAAGCCUUAUGCCUGUUCAGAAUGUGAGAAAAGCUUCACAACUAAGGGGAGUCUCGUUACUCAUCAGAGAAUUCACACCGGAGAGAAGAUGUUCAUAUGUUCUGAGUGCGGCAAAGGCUUCACCAGUAACUCAAAGCUCAUUAUCCACCAGCGAACUCACACAGGAGAGAAACCAUUUAUAUGCUCAGAGUGCGGGAAGGGAUUUGUCAGUAACUCUGUCCUGAUUGUACAUAAGAAACUUCAUGAGGAAAAAUAACUAUGUACUGUUGUGUACAGUAGAUGAAUACAGAUUUGCCGACAGCCGAAAUGCUUGUUGAAAAAAAUUGGAUAUUUACUUUAGGUCUGUGCUUUAUGAACUGUGAGCUUUCUGGGUUGUUUGCCAGAAUAGAUUUGGCAUAAGAAGGUUUGAAGAUGCAGGGAAUUGGGGGGAGCUGAACUGAGGAAAGGAGACCACAGAGAUUCACAUGGAACUGAGAAGAAAUCCAUACAUAUGAUAUACGCCGCAGUUGGCCGCCUGUUGCGGCAUCACCUACCUGUGAGCAGGCGGCGCUAGUGCAAAGUACAGCAAUGCAUUGUUGUCUUUUAAAAGAGUAUACAGCAGCAACCUGUUAAUAUCAGAGGUUCUUCAUAUACAAGUAGUUGGAUAUAUAGAUAUCUAUCUAGAUACAUAGACAUGUGUUGCGUGUUUAUUUAGAGCCCAUGUCGUCUUUUAAUUGUAUGGGUGGUGUAUAAUGAACUGGUAAGUGGAAUCCGGAUCAGUGUGUAUACCAGUUACCAUAGGCUGUAAUGUGUAUAUGUACACAUCUCAGUCAUGCAAUUCUGUUUUAUAAAGGUGAGAUCGGGUUCUUCAAAUAAUAGUGAGACGCCUGGGGAAUAAGUAGUCUGAGAACCGCUGCAUUAGAGGGCACUUAUAAAAAGUAAUGUGCAUGUUUCAAAAGCGUUUAACCAACAAUCAUUUUAUAUGCUAAAUUAAAAUAAUGCAUCUGUAUUUCAUAUAUUUACUUGUUAUAUAAUAUGCUCAAUGCUUCUUCCAUUCAUUGCCUUUAUUACUAGUAGCUGUAAAAUCGGCCAUGCCUAUUUUUUAAGAAAUAAAAAUUCCUAGGAA